AUGGAGAUCUCGGCAGAUGGCCAUGCCACAGCCCCCCAGAUCAGCUUCCAGAACCAUCAGACGGAGCCUGUGUUUCAUGUGCGGCCGACGUGCCAGUUCCCCACCUGCGCCAUUGACCAGAGGGCAAAUCGGACAGCGAUUCUCGCAAAGGGCACCACGCCAUAUGCCAUGCCAGAGUUCGGCAUCGUCGUGGGAGGAGAGCUGAAAUUUGACAGGUUCCACGGCCACCAUUCCGUGCGACCUAUAGUCACGUCGUCCACGAGUGGCGUUAUUUGCGCGCUGGCACCAGAGCUUCCUGGAACCACAAUUACGCCCGUGUGGUCGCACCGACAUGCUGGUGUCGAGCAACGCGUUGGUAAGUCCAGGUGGGGUGUUGGCAAAAUCGUCAUGUGCUGCGUGCGCACGAGGAGUUGA